AUGUUACUCGCAAAGUUGCCUCUCGUCCUCGCCAGCACUCUAUCCGCUUUUUUGACUUCCAGUCCGCCGAAUCCUAGAGUCCCUGCCGAUGCGAGACCGAAGGCUUUGCCUCCCUUCGAGCGAUUUCUCUCAUCUGCUAUACACUCCAUUGCCGUAGUGCUGAGCACUCUGAUCCUCCUCGGAGGAAGCAUGGAAGUGCUUGUCAUAUUGGCGAGCACCUUUCCAGAUCAACGUCUCUCGCAGAUGAUUCUCAAGACCCUGGUCAACGGGCCAACAUCUCUCACCAAGAACAUCAGCAUAUCUACUACAUUCGUUAUCGGUCUCGGCCUCGAAACUCUGGGAGGGAUCAUACGCCGUUGGUGCUACCGCACCCUCGGACGCCAUUUCACACUAGAAGUGACCAUCCUCGAGAAGCACCAACUCGUCACCUCAGGACCAUACGCCUACGUCCGUCAUCCAAGCUAUCCCAGCGGAAUCGCCAGUCUUGUUGGAUGGGGGAUGUGGAUGACCAGUCCGGGCUCGUGGUUCGUAGAAUGCGGUGUGAUCAACACGCUUGUUGGACGGAUUUGUCUGUUGGUUUACAUAGCUAUCACUUCUUUCUGUGCAGUUAGUCUUGUGCAUAGGUCGUAUGAUGAAGAUCGUUUAUUGAAGAAGCAGUUCGGAGAGGAAUGGGAGGAGUGGGCGAAGAGAGUCCCUUGCCGAGUAAUUCCUUAUAUUUACUGA